AUGUUUCAUGCUCUCAACUCUUCAACCUUCUGUUUCAAAAGCAUGCAGUCGAUGUCGGUCACGAUCAAUGACCUCGAAGCAAGACUGAGACUGGUCCCAACACCCAAUGAGACCGUUCCCGAACCAGACCCAGAACCAUCGGACGUGAAUCCGGAGCCCCGUGCUGAUCUGCAGAAGGAGGCUGAAGAGGUGGGUUUCCUCACAACGGGAGGAUCAGAUCUGUACUCAGGCAGCAAGUAUGUCGGCAGCGCGGCCGGAUCGACAUUUGCGAGGAUCUUCUUCAAACAACUUAAUCUUGUUCCCUCGUGGGAUUCCGGGAGCCAGGGAAGUGGUCUUGAACAGCCCCUUUGUGAAGCAACUGCAGCACUUCCGCCCCAGCCUAUCGCACGGACUCUGCUCAACAUCUACAUCUCUAGGCGUAUCUACGAGGGUCCCAGGCAGUGUAGCGACCAUGAGAAGUUUACUGUGUUUGCUAUUCUAGCACUAGCAAGCUGUCAACUCACCACGAAGGAUGCGCAGUCCCCAGCCAUGAUGGACCUCAACGACUCCAAUGCAUACUUCCAAACCGCAUUGCGCUUCUUCAAUAACUUUAGUGACCACCCAAGAGACCUCUUCGGGAUACAGGCAGUGCUGCUUCUGGCGAUAUGGAUGCUAGACUCGUCCCACAGCAGCCACAAUAAUGACCUCUGGCAGGUCAGCCGGUACAUCAUGUCGGCUGCCAUUGAAGCAGGACUCCACCGCCACAACAAAGACUGGGGCUUCACAGCUGAAGAAUUGGAGAUCCGGAAUAGGACGUGGUGGUGUGCAUACAACCUGGAGCGACAAGUUGCGACCCUGACAGGUCGAGUCUUAUCCAUUCGGGACCACGCAGUCCACACCAUGUUACCCAAACCAGCCACAUUCGAUGCACUUACACCCCUUGAGAGUUCCAUGGCCCCAGUUCUCCACAAACAUAAUGUUGAGGUUGUUCGUCACAUGAUUGCGUUGCGGAGAAUUGGUGGUCGCAUCCUUGAGUCGAUCUACAUAGCGAGAGGGCCAAGCGGCACGGCGAUGGAUACUACAUUCCAGCAGAUUUGUGCGACUUCGGAUCAAAUCCGGCGAGACCUUGAACUCUGGGAGCAGCAAUUGGAGGCAAUGGGACUGAAGCCAUCCCGAGAGUACUCUGAGAUGAAGAUUGAGUACUGUCUCUUGCAACUUCUACUACACAGACCGUCACCGACAUUCAUGGUACCAUCACGCCAAAUGGCGUCUUACUGCUCAAAGGCCGCAUCGACUGCAAUCAGUCACUGGUCCAAAAUCGAGGGCGAAUAUGGCAUUUCUGCUAUCUGUCGAUGUUUUAGACAACUGCACGAUAUAAUCCUUGUCGGACUAGCAGCUCUGUACUGCGACUGGCAAGCGAUGGCCCUACCACAGACUGGCGAUAACUCCCCGAGGCCCCAUCGACACUUUAACGACACUGACAUGUGCCUAGACCUGAUCGACCGAGGGAUCAUUCACAUGAGGGCACCGUAUUUGGCAAAGUACAAAGACUUGUUCCGGGCUGUGAGAAACAACGUUUACGCCAAGACGAUUUUCACCAGCAUUAGUCCAGGGGCUAUGAACUCGAUCUCCCCUGGCACAAUGUCACAAGGACUUAUUUUUAACCCUAGCGAUGAUAUUAUGUUCUCGAUGGGUGAUGGCGUAGAAGCGUAUGUUAACCAGGUGAAUGAGUUCUUGGAUGGCGGUGGAUUCAAUAUUGAUGAGGCUCUUGAUGCGUGGUAUGAUGCUUUGAUGGGGGAGAUACAAAAUGGAGAGAUGAUGGAGGGAUAA